AUGGCAGCUGCUCUUGCUGGGUUCGUCCUGAAGCAGUUGGCUUCCCUAGCAGUUGAUAAGGCAAGUCUGCUUUGGAACCUCAAAAGCGACAUUCUGAAGCUGCAAAACACAGUUUCCAGCAUCCAAGCCGUGCUGCUGGAUGCAGAGGGGCAGUCUGGUAAGAAUCAUCAGGUCCAGCUAUGGCUGCAAAGACUCGAAGCAGUCCUUUAUGAUGCUGAAGACUUGUUGGACGACUUCUCCACAGAGGUUCUCCGGAGGAAACAAAUGGAUGGCAAUGUCGUUGCGAAUGAGGUAUCCCUCUUCUGUUCUGAAUCCAACCAAGUUGCUUAUGGACUGGAAAUAGCUAAUCAGAUUAAGCUUAUUCAGAGCAAGCUAGAGGAGAUUGAUCAGGACAGGAAUCAGUUUUAUUUCCAGACAUUUCCUGUCUCGGAUGACAAGGAGUGGAGGGAAACUUACUCCUCUAUCCCUGAUGUGGUUGUUGGGAGAGAAGAAGAUAAGCGAAAAAUAAUAGACAUGCUGCUGCUGUCUGGUUAUAAGGAGAAAGUUGUUGUCGUCCCAAUAAUUGGGAUUGGGGGAUUGGGGAAAACUACAUUGGCGCAACUCAUUUACAACGAUGACAUAAUCAAAACUCAUUUUGUUUGUAAAGUUUGGGUGUGCGUAGCUGAGAAUUUUGAUCCAAAACUCCUUGUUAAAAGGAUUUUGGAGUCAAUAACCAAGAAAAAGGUGGGAGAUCUUGCCUUGGACACGCUCAAGGAUCUUCUUCAUGAGCAAAUCAAGAACAAACAUAUAUUGCUGGUCUUGGAUGAUGUCUGGAAUGAUGAUAGGGGAAAGUGGGAUCGCUUCAAGAAUCUAUUUGCAAGUAGUGCGGCCGAAGGUAUCAGAAUAAUGGUUACCACCCGUAGUCUUAACAUCGCGAAGCUGACAGCGACCAAGCUGAUUGUGCCGCAUGAGUUGCAAGGUUUGUCUGAGCACGAGUCUUUGUCGUUGUUCAAAAAGAUGGCUUUUGGGGAAGGAGUAGAGCCAAGUCAAAGAUAUGUGGAGAUAGGGAAAAAGAUUUUGAGGAAAUGUUAUGGAGUGCCGUUAGUCGUAAGAACAAUGGGCGGUCUAUUAUCUUCCAAGGAGACUGAGUCCGAGUGGAAGGCAAUAAGCGAGGAGCAACUGUUGAGCCUUGGUAGAGAGGAUAGUGACAUUUUGGCUACUCUUAAGUUGAGUUAUGAUAAUUUGCCUUCCAAUUUGAAACGAUGUUUCGCCUACUCCAGCUUGUUCCCAAAAGACUAUAAAAUUGAUGUGAAAACGUUGGUGCAACUGUGGAUGGCCCAAGGGUAUAUCACCAAGUCCAGUCAAUCUUCACUCCUUGAAGAUGUUGGAGUUGAAUAUUUUAAGAAUCUGUUGUGGAGGUCCUUCUUUCAAGAGGUGACAAAGGAUGAUGAUGGAAAUAUGGAGUCCUGUAAGAUGCAUGAUUUAAUGCAUGAUCUUGCUGUCGCAGUUGCAGGGGAGGAGAUCAAAUGCUUGAGUGUAGAUAGCACUGGUAGUGGUAGCCUUCUUAAUGUUGGUGAUGUCAAUCUUGAAAGGAUACGGCACAUAUCAAUCGAUUUACAGGAUAGAAAUAGAUGGUGGUCUGAUAUUGCAUGGGAAGCACCGGCUCUUUUAGCUAAAGCAACAAGGCUUCGAACAUUACUUAUCUUAAAGAAUUGUAGCAGAGGUGCUGAGUUGGACAGAAGCUGUGGGAGGAUCUUUUCGGAGAUGACUAGGCUGAGAGUGUUUGGUCUCGGAGGUGCUAAAAUCGAGAUUUCCUCUUUUGUCUUCUAUAAACUGAAACAUCUUAGAUACCUUGAUCUUUCUAGCAAUGAGAUGGAGACACUCCCGAACGAAAUGACAAGGUUGGUAAAUUUGCAAGUGCUCGACCUGAAUUUCUGUCAAAGGCUUUGGUUACUGCCGGUAGGCUUAGGGAAGCUGUCCAACCUUGUGUAUCUUGACCUAUAUGGUUGUUCGGAUUUGAGUUGCAUACCAGCUGGGAUCGAGAACCUUUCCUUACUCAGAGAAUUCCCUUUCUUUAUAUUGGCAAAAGCAGCCGCAGACAGCUCAAGAGAAACUGCUGCUUGUCUGGGCGAAUUGAAGAGUUUGGACAACCUAAAUGGGAGGUUGGUUAUUACAAAUCUGGAAUGGGUGAAGGAUAAAUCUGAUGCAGAGGCAGCCAAUUUAAAGGAGAAAUCACAACUUCGAACCUUGGAACUAUUUUGGAGUCCUGCCAAUAAUUAUAAUAUGGCGGCUAGAAGAGGAUGUGAUCACGAGAGGUCAAUACUGGAGGGGUUACAACCACAUCCGAAUUUAAAGCGGAUACUAAUGCAAUUCUAUGGCGGGUCGAGCAUUCCCACAACAAGCGGCUGGUUCUCUUCUCUCAGGAAUCUGGUUGAGAUCGGGCUAUUUUACUGUGGGAAACUGCAGAGUCUGCCAUCGUUGGCUCCUUUAGUGUUUCUUCAAGCAUUGAAGUUAUAUGGAUUAGAUAGCUUAGAGCACGUACAAAGCGAGACAGUAGCAUCAUCAUCCCCUUCUUCAAACAAUGAUUUGCAGUUUCUCCCUUCUCUGGAGUCUUUAUCUAUCGAGGAGUGUCGAAACCUGAUAGGUUGGUCUGCCAGAGAUACAGAAGACAAGUCGCCCCCGUUACCUCGGGUUUCCACCUUGAAGAUUGGUGGCUGCCCGAAAAUGGUAUCUGUCCCGCGCUUUCUGGUCAACUUUGACGAGGUUGAGUUGAAGGAUGUGAGCAGUGAGCUGUUGGGUGCGUUCGGUGCCUCGCUGGUUUCUCCCUCGGCGCACCCUCGAUUUGAGCAGUUGUCUCUCGAGUGCGCGAAAGAUUUCCCACAAGGGUCGACGCUAAAUCUUACUUCCCUUGUGAUGCUAUGCAUAUCACAUUGCGAUGACAUGACUACUCUGUCUCCAUCUAUUCUUCGACAUCUCUCUUCCCUCCAGGAGCUUCAGAUUCAGUACUGUAAAAUUUUGGAACUAGAGGAUGGGGAUGGGGAUGAUAUGUCGCCGCAGCAGGUUCUUCCAAGCCUCCGUAUCUUAACGGUCAGAAAAGUUCCUAAAUUGGUUGCUCUACCGAAGUGGUUUCAGCACUCCUCAAAUUUGCAGCAGCUGGAGUUAUACGGCUGUGACAACCUUAAGUUCUUACCAAAUUGGCUCACAGAGCUCACUGCCUUGGAGACUUUGACCCUACCAUAUCAUGGUUAUAUAUCUUCGAGAUGCAGAAACAGCACCGGCGAGGACUGGCCCAACAUUUCUCACAUCCCAAAUAUCGAAGUUGAUGGUAAAUAUGUUCAACAGGGCGGACGCUAUCUGGGAACUUUCGAAGAAGAAGAAGAAGAUAGCGAGGAAGGAGGAGAUAUUGGAGGGGAAGAAGUAGAAGCAGAACAACAACAACAACAACAAGAAGGAGCAUCCUGGCACAUCCAAAUCUCAAGGUUGUCAGAGAAUUGCUUUGCAAGGAUUACUUGCAACCUAUUCGAGAAAUGUUUUCUCCCUUAGCUACCUGACCUCUACAUUGCCACUCCGACUAUCUGUGUUCCCUUAAACUGAUGGAUUGAAGAAAGAUAUAUCAUGGCGAAUUCUUCAGAAAAAAAAUUGCGGAUUGAUCGAGAAAGAUCUCUUGUUCUUAUUAUAAGAUCCAAACGCACGAGCGCCGACCUCGAUAAGGCAAGGUCUCCUUCAUGCAGCCCAAGCCUGAAGAGGGUAGGCAUCAAGGAGGGGGUGCCAUAUGCUGUCUAUUUUUUAUUUGAGUUUCCAAUUAUUUUCUUUUUUCACUCACGGAUACUGGAACGCCAUUGGUUUCUACUACGGAAAGUCAUUUCGUGAAGUAAACAUUCUAAAUAUUGUGCUUGGGAAAGUCAUUUCGAAUGAGCCUCGUAAUCGUAAGAAAGUACUGGCCCAGAUGCUCAUUCAAAGUGUUCAUACGCCAACUGGGUGGUGCGCUCCUGAUAGUAAUCUACCAGUUGUCAAUUGCUGCA